AACAACCACGCAACCACAUCCAAAAACAGCGUCCCUUCAACGGAUCGAAUCCUUCGGACUCCUUGUGCAUCCCCUACAGUUAGUGACAUCGAAAUGUCACCGUGCAGCCAAAUAUAUGCCAAGUAUCCCGAAUUAAAUGUCCUCAUUACCCCCGAAACUUAUAAAAACACACUUUCCCAGCAAAAACAUAAGCACUAGCACAGAAAGAUUAUUCAACAUAAACAUAAACCAUUUAAAACUUUUCAAGUAAUAUGACGUCAAUUCUACAAUCGAACAUGAAUGGGUACACGAACAACUACCACCAACUAGAAAUCAUCAUCAACUCCUUCUCCCCCUCUAUUCUACUCCUAAAUGAAACUCACAUACCCUACAAUCAGCCUACCUAUACACCCAAAAACUAUGCAGGCUACUUCCACAAUCACAUGCAAAUAACCAACAAGAAACAAGGAAACGCUAUUCUAGUUAAGAGAAAUAUACCACACAGAGUAAUACCCAUACGUUCCGAUUUUUCCGCGGUAGCAAUAGAGAUAAGCACAACACAAAAAUUCGCUGUCAUUUGUAUCUACAUCCCCCCAACGCAAGUUUUCACUGCCGCUGAACUAAUGCGCUUGCUAAGACAGGUUAACACAAACUGCAUCAUAGGAGGGGACUUCAACGCACGGAGCACAAUCUGGGGCGAUACCCACUCCAAUCAAAGAGGGACAAUAGUUGAAGACAUGUUACUGGCUUCUAAUCUAAUUUGUCUAAAUGACGGCACCGCCACGCAUUUCUCAACCCACAACACCUUCACCUGCAUCGACCUCACCUUCUGUUCUGCUGCCCUAGCACCGCAAUGCACCUGGCGUGUAGUAGACUCCUUGCAUGGAAGUGAUCACUUCCCGAUCCUAACAAGUAUCAUUUCUUACGGAAAUCAUAUUCAGUAUAAGCACAUCAGCAAAUUCAAGACAGAAGCCGCGGACUGGGACAAUUUUACUGCCCGGUGCCUCCAACUUUGCCGAAACACGCCUUCGACAAACAACAUUCACCAAGAAGCAGCAAAAAUUCUAAGAAUUGUUCGCACCGCCGCCCACUUUACUAUCCCGCAAACCACACGGUGCUAUUACAAAAAAAGGAUCCCCUGGUGGAAUGCCAAUUUAUCCACCCUUCGUCUGCAGAAACAGCGUGAAUGGCAGAAUUACAAACGCUCCCGCUCUGAACACAAUCUUUUAGCAUAUAAAAGAGCUAAUGCCCUUUUCAAGAGAGCUGUAAAAACGGCUAAAAAACAAAGCUUUGAAAAGAUCACAUCGAAAAUCUGUCCCACAUCAAACCCAAGUGACGUUUGGAGUGACAUUAAGAAGCUCACUGGCUUUCAAAAGCAAUCUUAUCUAUCCAGCAUUAACUCUCCUAACGGAACGAUAACCACACCGCUGGGAAUUGCCAACUAUUUCGCUUCUUCCUUUUCGUCUGCUUCCUCCGAUUCAAACUUUACAGAUACUUUCCGCCAACUCAAAGCGCAAUACCUGCAAGAAGAUCCUUUGACAAAUCAACAGCUCUCGACACACGCCAAGCAAAUCGAAGCAAAAAUAAACUUAGCUGAACUCCAAUUCGCACUCUCAUCGGUUAAAGGUAAAACACCAGGGCUUGACAAGGUGUCAUACCCCAUCAUCCAAAAACUACCCAUCGAAGUAAAACAUCGAUUGCUUAACCUUUACAACCUUAUUCUCGACCAAGGACACUACCCACAACAUUGGAAAACUGCGUGCAUAGUUCCCAUAUUAAAACCAAACAAGCCCGCUGGAGACGCAAACAAUUAUAGACCCAUCUCUCUCAUCCCUUGCUUUGGAAAAGUAAUGGAAAAAAUCGUAGCCUCUAGACUUAUGUGGUAUGCGAACAUCACGAAACGUAUAAGUCCCAAUCAAGUAGCUUAUAGAAAAGGUUGCUGUACUAUAGACGCAUUAGUUCAUCUCGACCACCUAAUUUCAGAAGCCCUCUCGUCCAAAAACCACUUUUCGGUACUUUCCGCCGAUUUUCAAAAAGCGUUUGACCGUAUCGGCGCCCACAUUAUCUUAAGGCAACUAGAGAAAUGGAAAAUCGGCCCAAAAAUCAAGAAUUUUAUUAAAAGCUUUCUCAAAAACAGGAAAUGUGUGGUAAAAGUAAACGGGUAUCUUUCCUCUACGUAUCCACUUGAUAAUGGUACCCCACAGGGAUCACCACUAUCUGCUUGCCUAUUCAUAAUAGCAUUCGACGAGAUCACUCAACUUACAAAAAACAUAAGUAGCUUAGAAUGUCAACUCUAUGCCGACGACGUGGUUUUUUACACGCAUAACUCUGACAUCACGUUUGUAGAGGAAACUUUUGAUAGCAUACUUUCGAAAAUAAAUUCAUGGUCUCUGGUCUCUGGCACCACAAUUGCUACUGGAAAAACCAAAAUUUUACAUAUUUGCCGGAAACAGAAUUGUCCCGGCGUUUCCAAUGAUACUAUAAGUUCGGUACAAGAACUCAAAGUUCUUGGACUGAUUUUAGACUCCAAAUACAACUUCAAGCCACACUGUACUCAACUAAGAGAGCGCAUUUCAAAUAGUCUAAACAUAAUCAAAUAAUCCUAUCCAAAAUUGAUUACGCCCUUCCUAUUUACGGUAAAAGCCCAAAAGCUACACUCAACAAGCUGUCAGCACCGUACCACGCCGCAAUGCGCAGGAGUAUCAGAGCCUUCCCUACAACCCCAUUGAAAAAGUUGUACGCAGAAACAGGCUUACCAACAAUUUCAGACAGAACAACCGACACUACACGCCGACUCCUACCAAAACUGCUGUACACCUCUAACUCCAUUCUUUCCGAAAAUGUCCAAAAAAUGUUAACAAGAAAACGGCAGCCCAGGUGCAAAUCGAGAAUGCUAAAAUCUUUAGAAUUUGCAAAGGAUCUUCAGAUACCCAUCAAUAAAAAGCCUCAAGCUAUAGAAGCACACCCGCAUUGGUUGAUAAACAACGCCAAGUCAAUCAUCAAAGCUCUGCUUCUUCCCAAAGCAAGUACUCCAAAGGAGAAGUAUACAAAUCUUUUCGCUGCGGAAAAAGAGAAAUAUCAAAACCUUGGUUGGAAAUUCGUAUACACUGACGGGUCCAAGACUGAAAACAACACCUCCUUUGCAGUAGUAUCACAUUGCGGGAACAUAAUCAAACACGGUAUACUUCAUUCUAUUUGCUCGGUGUUCACGGCGGAAACCACCGCUGUACUCGAAGCAGUCAUCUAUGCCAAGAUGAAUAAAGGCAAAUUCGUCAUUUGUACAGACAGUCAAUCGUGCAUCAACGCCGUCGAAUCACCAUCCAACACUCAAAACGCAAUAGUUAACAUCCGCAACAUACUACUACACUGCCCUAACAAAAUAAAACUUAUGUGGAUCCCCGGGCAUGUUGGAAUUUCGGGAAAUGAACACGCUGAUGCCGCAGCCAAGAACAUCGCCAUCACUCCCUCACUUAUGUAUGACUCCGUAUCUAAGCAAGACAUUCGAGCUGAAGCUACCAGGCUAAGACUGAAGUCACUAAUCGACGAUUGGGGAAUGUACGUCCAUCACUACUCAGCAAUCAACCCAUGCAGAAAGAUGAUGGUCUACGAUCCAAAUAUACCACUACGUGCGUUAAGACCCUUCACCCGCCUGCGUCUUGGGCAUACAAUUGUUACCCACUCCUAUUUACUACAACGAAGCCCCAUCGAAACUUGCCCAUUCUGCGAGGAAGCAUCUUCGCUAACACAUAUUUUACGAUGUACAACAAUCACUACACCCCGACAAGCCAUCCUGAACUCUGCCGACCCCAUCGAGUUACUCAAAAACCCAACCUAUAGAAAUGUACAACUAAUAUAUAAUUUUCUCAAAGAGGUAGACCUGCUCAGACGAAUAUAACACAUAAUAGUAUAAAGCAAUAUGCAAAGACACAUAUAAUCUCAUUCGAAUAAGAUGCAAAGGACAGCUG